AAAAUAACAAACAAAUCACUCACUGGACGCUUAACAAAAUGGUGUUCAACUUGAUGAAUCAGACAUGCAAAGUGUGUGGCGAGCCAGCGGCGGGUUUCCACUUUGGCGCCUUCACAUGCGAGGGAUGCAAGUCUUUCUUUGGUCGAUCGUACAACAACAUAAGCACCAUUAGCGAGUGCAAAAACGAGGGCAAGUGCAUCAUUGAUAAAAAGAAUCGCACCACCUGCAAAGCCUGCCGACUACGCAAAUGCUACAAUGUGGGCAUGUCAAAGGGUGGAUCGCGUUAUGGUCGUCGUUCCAAUUGGUUCAAGAUCCAUUGUCUGUUGCAAGAACACGAACAGGCGGCACAGGCACAGGCCCAGUCGGUGGGCGGCAAGGCCACAUCUCCAGUGGGCUCGCCACCAGGUUUCGGCGACAUGGCUGCAGCAGCGGCUGCCCAUCUGCAGCAACAACAGCAACAGCAGCAUCACCAUCAGCAACAGCAGCAACACUCGCAUUUGGCACAACAGCAACAGCAGCAGCAGCGUCAUCCACAUAUGCCACCCACUCUAUUGGGCUAUCCCAGCUACUUGCCGGAGCAUUUGCCCUUCUUCAGCAUGGUGGCCACACCACAGUCGCCCUUCCAGUUGCCCCCCCAUCUGCUGUUCCCGGGCUAUCAUGCCAGUGCAGCGGCAGCUGCCGUGGCAGCCGAUGCUGCCUAUCGCCAGGAGAUGUACAAGCAUCGUCAGAGCGUGGAUUCAGCUGCCUCGUUAGAGUCGCAGAAUCGGUUCACACCACCCACAGCUAUGGCCACGGAACAUGCCAUGGCCAUGCCAACCACACCCACACCGCCCACACGCCCCACCUCCGCCUGCCGGCAGUCACCCAUUGAUGUGUGCCUUGAGGAUGAGGCUGAGUCUGUCCACAGUCAGUCGCCGCUAAUGCACCCCAUUGCCAUUCGUGCCACACCACCAGCCGCAGCUCCAGCACCACCAACAGUAUCAGCACCUGCACCACAGUUAGCAGUAAGCAUGCAGAAGUCACAGAGGUCGAGUCCUUUGAGUUUUGCUGCCAAAAUGCAAUCCCUGUCCCCAGUAUCCGUGUGCUCAAUCGGCGGUGAGACCACAACAUCGUCCAGCCAUCUGCAUCCCGCCAAGGCCGAUCAAGACGGUCCCAUGGACCUGAGCAUGAAGACAUCCCGCAAUUCGGUGCACAGUUUCAAUGACAGCGAUGCCUGCAGUCUUCAGGAUGAGCAAGAGUCCACGGCCUUGUCCCUGGCGCCUCGCCGCAAAUUCUAUCAACUGGAAGCGGAAGCCUUCUCCUCCUCCUCAUCUUCGGCAUCGUCGUCCGCCUCCUCAGGCGAUCACGAUAUGGUUAAGCGACAGAAAUUGGGUGAAUCUCCAACGCCUUUCGGUGCGGCAUCUGCGGUUCGUGGCGGUUUUGCUGCGGCUAGUGCCAUGCGCGGCAUCUUCGUGUGCGUUUAAAACAGAAACAAAACAGAAAAGUUAAACAGAAAUCAAAGUGGGUGGAGUCUCGACACCUCCUCCUCCUCCUCCCCUGCUUUGCCACACUACCCCACCCCCACCCCCACCUCACACCCAUCGUUCACAAUUUGUUGUUGCUUGUUUUCGUUUAGUUUAAUGGUAUUUUUUUUUUUCUCUCCUUACGUUGGCCGACCAAUUGGCGGAGACGUUGGGACAGACAGGUUCGUUAGAGAAUGCGAGAAAGAGUAUGAGAUAGAGAGAUAGAGAGCGCUGUGUGUGUGUGUGUGUGUGUAUGAG